AUGGGCUCAAAGAAUGCAGUGUCUGUUUCAUCAAUUUCAUACAUUUUGGUGCUGUUGAUGCUAAUUGGUUCUGCAAAAUCCGACUUUCAGAAAGAUAGAGCAGAAUGCGCAGACCAACUAGUGGGUUUAGCCACAUGUCUUCCAUAUGUUGGUGGCGAUGCUAAAGCUCCUACCAUAGAUUGUUGUAGUGGGCUUAAACAAGUGUUGGGUAAGAGCGCAAAAUGUCUCUGUAUCCUGAUAAAAGAUCGCGACGAUCCCAAUCUUGGCAUCAAGUUCAAUGUUAGUCUUGUUGCUAAACUCCCUAGUUUGUGCCAUGCGCCGGUUAAUGUCACAAAUUGCAUCGAUCUUCUGCACCUGCCUGCUGGCUCACCAGAUGCUAAGGUCUUUGAAGGAUUUGCCAACAUCACUCAAGGAAACGCCACUACCCCAGUUGCCAGUGGGAAUUCAACUGGCAGUAAAUCAAGCUCUGCCGCAGAAAAGGGUGGCGCUGAGAGGCCAGCAAAAAGAUGGGUUGUUUCUGAGAUUCUGUGUGGAUUUUUACUAUGGACUUUCAUAUCUUUUGGUAUCUAA